GGCAUUCCUAGCUCAGUCGGUAGAGCGCACGGCUCUUAACCGUGUGGUCGUGGGUUCGAUCCCCACGGAGUGCGCUUUUCUUUUCAAGCAAAAGAGAUGCGUGAAGGCACAUCAGCCAAGUUUUCUUUUGGAAGGAACGUACUCUACUGAGAAGGAGCAAUUGUGAUUCUCUUGCGGCACCUCUUCUAUGCGAAGUGCGAUGCCAUUGAGCGCCUUGGUCGAUACGGCUCUCUCUUGAUAGCGGCUAAGGCCGUCAUGUUGUCGAUCUGUAUACGAAGGUUCAACCCUGCGGAAAUCCAUCGCCGCAAGUGUAUUACCGCGAGAACCACGGUGUUCCCCUCCAGCGCGGUUAUGUCGCGCUGCUCUGCUGCGGACCAUGCUUCUCCAACGUUCAUGAUUUCUUGGGGCUCGUCCCGCAUCAACACCGCUCCACAACCGGCUCCAGAGGCAUCGGUGUAGAGGGUCAUUGUCGGCAUUCUCGUUGCCAUGGCCGGCGCUAUCGCUCCUGGGCGGUUCUUCUGAGCCAGGUCGUACCACUAUUUAAGUUGUGCAUGCCCCGUUGGGCGUGUGCAGGCCGGCUCCUUCACCAGGAGAGGUGUCCGGAUGAGCUGAGACGGCCUUCGUCUAAUGAGCUUCAACACCCAAUAGAACUCUGCGGUGCGGAUAUGUAGGAAUGACGAGCUGCGGAGGAUUUGUGCGUACCGUCGCUCCAAGUCACCGCCCGUCAUGCUUGGCGUCGGACCAUCAAUCUUCUGGAUCGUGUGAUCUGCCACGCAAACUUUGUGAGCUGCAGGGUUGAAAUAUACCCCCUAUGAAGUCGGGGACUUCUCUUGCGUAUCUCUCGUCGGUGUGAAGAGAGAGUGGGAACUCUUGCGCGGUGGUCCACAUCCUCCUGAAUGCUAUUUGGACUGCUUGACGCGUGCCUGCGUACCGUAUGUUGUCGAUCCAAACGUCGAUUGAGGUCAGGGCUGGGUCGUUCACGGUGAACUCGUUGCCCGCACACGUCGGACGGCCUGCCACGGUGGACGUGAGGAUUUGCACGAUUUCCGGUGAGACCGUGUGUCCGAUCGGAGGCCGCGUCACGCACCGUUGUGUGCCGCUAUUCGGAUCUGCGAAGACGAAGCGUUGUUGCAUUCUAUCUGGGAGCUCGACCUGGAAGAAAUUGAAUGUCAGGUCGUGUACGCUGCCCAUGUCGGCGUUUACUGCGUCGAGGUGUAUCGAAAGGUGUUGGAGUGGCGCAUCUGGUUGGUAG